AUCGACGAUGACGGUCUGCGUUCUCAAUGUUCAUUGUGGUCAUGAUGGCGAUCGUGGAGUGGGUGUACAGGCAUGCACAGCUCAGUGGGCGAGUGCACGUGAAUUGCGAACCUGAGCUGAAUUUGAACUGGAGCUUUAGAGGAGCAGUGGUCUGUUUCAACUCUUUUUUGCCGUGCUCCUAUCAGGGCUUGUGUCACUUCAUCUUUCUGCGUGCUCUAGGGGACGCCUCGAAAAUGUUUAUGAUUUCAGAAUCACCCUCGUGUGCAAGAUUGGAGUUGAACUUCGACCACGCAUGCGAACAUGAAUGUGUGAACGGAGUGAGCAGCAAGCAUGUUACUCAGAUGAGCCGCGGUGGGCAUCAUCUCUGCUCCCAGCCUAACUUGGCCGAAGGCGGAUCUGCUGGGUGCGCACCCAAGUUUUUCUUGCCCGCGGCGCCGAUUGGCAGCACGCAGCAAGGAUCACGGAUCUGGAGGGUGGAGGAGUACGUUUGCUCUCCACGACGCCGCCGUGCUUAAUUGUCAGGAUCGUGCAGCUGCCGAGUCCUCGAAAAGGCGCCGUGCUGUCUCCUCGUCGUGCGCGCUGCUCCGUUGAGCUUGCCAGCGAUGGGGAUCUCUCGAGCA